GUCUGUCUGUCUGUCUGUCUGUCUGUCUGUCUACGGAACAUGGAGCAGUUCUCAUGGAACCCUGACCACCUGUGGGUGCUGUUUCCUGACGUCGUCAUGGUGAUAGCGUCUGAGGUUACCGUGGAUGUUGUCAAGCACGCCUUCAUCACCAAGUUUAACGACAUCACUGCAGACGUCUACGGGGAGUACCGCGCCAGCCUGGCGUUUGACCUCGUCAGCAGCAGACAGAAAAACGCCUAUACAGACUACAGUGACUCAGUCUCCAGGAGAAUGGGCUUCAUUCCACUGCCUUUAGCUCUGCUGUUGAUCAGGGUGGUGACCAGCUCAGUGAAGAUCCAGGGAUCUCUCUCCUUCAUGUGUGUUCUUCUCUUCUAUCUGGGGAUGAUCUCUCUGAAGGUACUGAACAGUAUCGUGUUGCUGGGAACGUCCUGUGUGUUCGUCAAAGAAGCCAAUAUGGAGGAGAAGCUGUUCCAGUCUCCCCCCUCUGCUGCCUCCAGCCGCUCCAACUCUAGAGCACACAGACCCACACACACCACCCCCCCAGGUAACACAC